UUUUCCCCCUUUUUACUUCACUACUAGCGAAGCUGCAAGGGAAGAAACGAGGAGCCAGAAGGAGCAACGAAAUAACCCUGGAAUUUAUCUCGCACGUUAAAAAAAAGGAAAGAGGAGUCCUCCUUCUGCCAUCCCAUGCUCCUCUAGCGUGUUCCCUCACACAGUGCUGGGGAUAUAAUGGAAACUGAAUGAUGAGGAGUUUGUGGCUGGACGGCAGCUGACGAACUGAACCAUGGCUCAGUUUCCCACGCCCUUCGGAGGAGGGUCAGAUACAUGGGUAAUAUCUGUGGACGAGAGAGCCAAGCAUGACCAGCAGUUCCACAGUUUGGCCCCCACACCUGCUGGCUUCAUCACAGGUGACCAGGCAAGGAAUUUCUUUCUGCAGUCAGGUUUACCUGCCCCCAUCCUUGCCCAGAUAUGGGCCCUGGCCGACAUGAACAACGAUGGGAAGAUGGACAUGCAUGAAUUUUCCAUCGCAAUGAAGCUGAUUAAAUUGAAGCUGCAGGGUCACCCCCUCCCUCCUUCACUGCCCCCCUCCAUGAAGCAGCCACCCCUCUCCAUUCCCCCACAGCCGCCUUUUGGGAUGCCCAGUAUGGGGGCAAUGCCAGGCCUGCCAGCAGUGCCGCCCAUGCCCCUGCCCCCUCUGCCUCCAGGAGUGCCAGGAGUAGGUGUGUCUCCACCUCUGGUAGCAUCAGUGACCCCAGCCGUACCAUCCCUUGCUAACGGAGCACCCCCUAUGAUACAACCCAUGAGUGGAUUCUCGCAUCCAGCUGCUGCACUCAACAAAACCCCUUCGUUCAAUCGUUCCAGUAUCAAGCUACAGAAAGUCCAGUCAGUUGAGGCACCCAGUGCUCCGGCUGCUCCACCCGCUGACUGGGCCGUGCCUCAGUCCUCUCGGCUCAAAUACCGACAACUCUUCAACAGCCAUGACAAAAUGAUGUGUGGUUAUCUCACAGGUCCACAAGCCAGAACCAUUCUAAUGCAGUCCAGUCUACCGCAGGCCCAGCUGGCCACCAUCUGGAACCUGUCCGAUAUAGACCAGGACGGAAAGUUGACUGCAGAAGAGUUUAUUCUGGCCAUGCACUUAAUUGACAUGGCAAUGUCCGGUCUGCCUCUUCCCCCAUUGCUGCCCCCUGACCUCAUACCUCCGACAUUCAGGAGAGUGCGUUCUGGUAGUGGAGUGUCUGUGACCAGUAUGCACUCGAUAGAUCCACGGACUCAGGAUGAGCCCGAGGAGGAGGAAAAAGAGAUCGAGAAAAAACUUCCAGUUACAUUCGAGGAUAAGAAACGAGAGAACUUUGAGCGUGGAAACCUGGAGCUGGAGAAGCGACGGCAGGCGCUGCUGGAGCAGCAGAGGAAAGAGCAGGAGAGACUGGCGGCGCUGGAGAAAGAGGAGCAAGAGAGGAGGGAGAGAGAACGACUGGAGCAGGAGAGACGCAGACAGCAGGAGCUGGACAGACAACUGGAGAGACAGAGAGAGCUGGAGCGACAGAGGGAGGAGGAGAGACGCAAGGAGAUCGAGAGAAGAGAGGCUGCUAAGCGGGAGCUGGAGCGUCAGCGGCAGUUAGAGUGGGAGAGAACACGCAGACAGGAGCUGCUCACCCAGAGAAACCGAGAGCAGGAGAACAUCGUCCUGCUCAAAGCACGCAAGAAAACACUCGAGUUUGAACUGGAGGCUCUGAAUGAUAAGAAGUCACAGUUGGAGGGUAAACUGCAGGACAUUCGUUUCCGUCUCUCGGCUCAGAGGCACGAGAUCGAGAGCACCAAUAAGACACGAGAGCACCGCAUUGCUGAGAUCACCAGCCUGCAACAGCAGUUGCAGGAGUCUCAGCAGUGGUUGAGUCGAUUGAUUCCUGACAAACAGUGUCUGAAUGACCAGCUGAAGCAGGUUCAGCAGAACAGUCUGCACAGAGACUCUCUGUCCAGUCUUCAGAGGGCCAUUGAAAUGAAGGAAUCCACCAAACAGCAGCUGAGAGAACAGCUGGACACUGUGGAGAAGGAGACACGUUCCAAACUAUUGGAGAUAGACUCCUUCAACACACAACUGAAGUCCUUGGGGCUGUUCUAUCAGACCCACGCUGCUAGGAUGGAGAAACUGCAAUCGGAGCUACUUAUUGAAGAGCAGAGGGGGCGACAGGAGCUGAGAGAAAUCCACAACAAACAACAGAGGCAGAAACAAAAGGAGCUGGAGGCUGACAUCACCCAGCCGUCGCAUGACAGGAAGUCCACAGAAUUACAAGAGUCUAGGUUGUCAGGGACAGAAGAUGGCGUGUCUCCUGCAUGGAGAGAUGAUGGGCUGGGUAAAGCUCCCACUCCUCCUGCGACUCAGGCUUGGAUAAGCCAAGUGAGUGAAGAGGAGAACCACAGCAGAACCGAAGUACAGGAUAACCUCUCCAAACUCUUCACACAGCAUCCGCAGUCGGGAAAACUACAGACUCAGUCCCCCUGGUCUAUGGCAGAGAAGAUUCCAGUGUCUGGCUUUAGUCAGGAGAAUGUAAAGGUGGUGUACUAUAGAGCACUGUAUCCCUUUGAGGCCCGCAGUCACGAUGAAAUCACCAUCCAUCCUGGAGAUAUAGUGAUGGUGGAUGAGUCUCAGACAGGUGAACCUGGAUGGUUAGGAGGAGAGAUUAAAGGGAAGACUGGCUGGUUCCCUGCCAAUUAUGCAGAGAAGAUUCCAGAAUCUGAAGUUCCUCUUAGUUUAAGAGCAAGCGCUGCUUCUAGUUCUGCCCCUAAAUUGGGUGCCCAUAUGUCAUCUGCUUCAAUAACCACAGCCGCACCCUUGCAGUCAGCCUCCACAGAGUCUGCAUCGAUAGCCCCACCCUCCUCAGCCCCUGCCCUUCCAGGCCCCGCCUCCUCCUCUUCCUCAGCAUCCAGUAACUGGGCAGAUUUCAGCACUACAUGGCCAAGUAAUUCUGCUGUGGAGAAGCAGGACAAUGAUGGAUGGGAUGCAUGGCCGACCCAGCCCUCUCAGCCGUCCCUGUCAGUGCCCAGUGGAGGGCAGAUCAGACAGCGCUCUGCUUUCACCCCAGCCACGCUUUCCGGCUCCUCACCCUCACCUGUGCUCGGCCAGGGUGAAAAGGUGGAGGGUCUGCAGGCACAGGCUUUGUAUCCAUGGAGAGCCAAGAAAGACAAUCACCUAAACUUUAACAAGAAUGACGUGAUCACCGUCCUGGAGCAGCAGGAUAUGUGGUGGUUUGGGGAGGUGCAAGGGCAGAGAGGAUGGUUCCCCAAAUCUUACGUCAAACUCAUCUCUGGGCCCGUCCGGAAAUCUAUGAGUAUUGAGUCUGGCUCUUCAGACAGCCCUCCCAGUGUUAAGAGACCCAGCCCAUCUCCAAACAAACCCACAGAUCUCGGAGAAGGUCAGAUUACCAGCGACAGCUCGAUGGAUCAUGCAUUUCUCCCUCUCUCCUUAAUCAUUUUGUAUCUGAAAGUCUUUGUAUGAUUUUGUCUAAUCACAGAGUAUGUGGCCAUGUAUACAUAUGAAAGCAGUGAGCAGGGUGACUUGACCUUUCAGCAAGGUGAUGUCAUCACGGUCAUAAAGAAAGAAGGAGAUUGGUGGACUGGGACUGUGGGCGGAAAGACUGGAGUCUUCCCCUCAAAUUAUGUCAAGCCUAAGGAAUCUGAGGGUUUGGGAUCUGCUGGAAAAACAGGAAGUUUAGGGAAGAAACCAGAGAUUGCCCAAGUGAUCGCUCCGUACACGGCCACCGGGGCAGAGCAGCUCACUUUAGCACCAGGCCAGCUCAUUCUUAUUCGAAAGAAAAACCCAGGAGGAUGGUGGGAAGGAGAACUUCAGGCAAGAGGAAAGAAGCGUCAGAUUGGCUGGUUUCCAGCUAAUUAUGUAAAAUUAUUGAGCCCUAGCACCACUAAGACCACACCCACAGAGCCCAACCCACCCAAGCUCCCAACACCCAAUGCAGUGUGCCAGGUGAUUGGCAUGUAUGAUUACACGGCUCAGAACGAUGAUGAGCUGCCUUUUGGGAAGGGUCAAAUCAUCAAUGUUUUGAGCAAAGAGGAUCCUGAUUGGUGGAAGGGAGAGCUGAAUGGUUCCAUUGGCCUUUUCCCAUCGAACUACGUUAAGCUGACCACCGACACUGACCCCAGCCAACAAUGGUGUGCCGACCUCCACCUGCUCGACAUGCUGACCCCAGUGGAACGGAAGAGGCAGGGUUACAUACAUGAACUUAUUGUUACAGAGGAGAACUAUGUAAAUGACCUGCAGCUAGUUACUGAGACGUUCCAGAAGCCUUUGCUGGAGUCAGAAUUGUUGACUGAGAAGGAGGUGGCCAUGAUCUUUGUCAACUGGAAAGAGCUGAUCAUGUGCAACAUUAAACUGCUCAAGGCAUUGCGUGUGAGGAAGAAGAUGUCGGGUGAGCGCAUGCCGGUGAAGAUGAUUGGUGACAUCCUGACGGCUCAGCUUCCUCACAUGCAGCCGUACAUCCGCUUCUGCAGCUGCCAGCUCAACGGCGCCACCCUCAUUCAGCAGAAAACAGACGAUUAUUGUAAUCGGUUGGCGAUGGACCCUCGCUGUAAGGGAAUGCCCCUGUCCAGCUUCCUCCUCAAACCCAUGCAGAGAGUCACCCGAUACCCCCUCAUCAUCAAAAACAUUUUAGAGAACACUCCAGAAAGCCACCCGGACCACAGUCACCUGCGGCUGGCUCUGGAGAAGGCUGAAGAGCUGUGCUCGCAAGUCAACGAAGGCGUGCGAGAGAAAGAAAACUCGGACCGGCUGGAGUGGAUCCAGGCACAUGUGCAGUGUGAGGGGCUGUCAGAGCAACUUGUGUUCAACUCGGUUACAAAUUGUCUGGGCCCUCGGAAGUUCCUGCACAGUGGAAAACUCUACAAAGCCAAAAGCAACAAGGAGCUUUUCGGCUUCCUGUUUAACGAUUUCCUGCUCCUCACGCAGAUCAUCAAACCUCUGGGCUCGUCUGGAACGGACAAAGUCUUCAGUGCGAAAUCCCACCUGCAGUAUCGCAUGUACAAAACGCCCAUCUUUCUCAAUGAGGUGCUGGUGAAGCUUCCCACUGAUCCUUCUGGAGAUGAACCCAUAUUCCACAUAUCUCACAUCGACAGAGUCUACACUAUUCGGGCUGAGAGCAUCAACGAGCGGACAGCUUGGGUGCAGAAGAUCAAAGCCGCUUCUGAGCUCUUCAUAGAAACGGAGAAGAAGAAGAGAGAGAAAGCCUACUUAGGUUUGUCUCGCACUCACACUGCCACUGGUAUUCUAAUGGUUAACAUUGAAGAAUUCAUGAAAGCUAAAAGACCUAACGGGAAGAGUAAUCCGUACUGUGAGGUGACGAUGGGCUCUCAGUGUCACGUCACUAAGACGCUGCAGGACACUCUGAACCCUAAGUGGAACUCAAACUGCCAGUUCUUCAUCAAAGACCUGGAGCAGGAUGUGCUGUGCGUCACUGUGUUUGAGAGGGAUCAGUUCUCCCCGGACGAUUUCUUGGGCAGGACGGAGAUUCGGCUGGCCGACAUCAAGAAGGACCAGGGCUCUAAGGGGCCCAUCACCAAGCGUCUGCUUUUACACGAAGUCCCUACGGGAGAGAUUGUGGUGCGACUGGACCUUCAGCUCUUUGAUGAACCCUGACCCACGUUGUUUGACCUGACCUUUUAUCCCCCCCAGAAUCCAUAUCCACUACUCCUCCGUGGUGAAAGCCCACCAGCCUAAUGUGACAGUCCCACUCCACCCAGCAUCAUGAAUCCCAGAGUGUGAAUGUGUGUAUUUGCACAGAAGCUUGUGAGUCUGCAAAAUGCUGUAACAGUCUUAAUCAGUGAUCCCGAUUGGAUUUUUAUUGUCCUUGAUACCUUUUCAAGACAAGCGUGUGAGAGAAAAUGAAGGAUGUGCUGUAGAGGGAACCUUUCAGUUCCCAAAUGAUGUGAAGGAUGUCUCAGGAUGCUGUGCAAGUCUUAAAGAGUCAAACAUACAGUAGUUGUAUUUAACACUCUAAUGACCCGGGAACAGUAGUGCCAUUUGAAACAAUAUUAUUUUCAUUCUAGAAUGAUGACACGUUGCUGAUGAUGUGCCAUUCCAGUGAAAUCCGUCAUUAUGGGUGAAUCUCAUGAAACCUUAUUUGCAUAAUUCAAAAAAUAUAUAGAAUUCUCAUAACUGUAAUAUGAAAAAAAAAUGCUGAUAUAUUAUUUAAAUUGUUGUGUAUUUAUACAUGUUGGUAAUAUCUGUUGUACUGCUUUUAAUUUAUGCAGGUUUACUAAUGAAAAAUCGUUGUAAUUUAAAAAAAACUCUUCUAUUACAGUAAUGAGAAUCAUAAAAUAUAAUGGUCCUGGAAUAGGUCAUAUUUUAAUGCAAAAUACUAGUAUUUUGAUGUUUUUGUGAGAUUCAUCCUAAUAGUCUUACUGGCUGUUCAACAUUUUAUUCCAUAAUUUCAGUCAUUAACACUAAAAACUAAGACCAGGUUUUGCUGGCAAACUUCUCUAGUUUCAGCCGACUCAUUUAUUUCUAUAAUAUGUGGUGACCAUUCAAGAACUGAAUGUUGUCGAGAUGUUUUUUUUGUUGUUGUUGUAUUUGAGGGUUCAUUAAACGUGAGCAUAUUCAGGGAAAUUUUCAGCAAGUCUUGAAAAGAUACGGCCACAAAUGCUCCAUAUAAACAAAAUGAAUUGUGGGAGGGAAAUUGUUAUAUUUGUUUUUCAGCAUUUUUUUUUUUGUUAUGUAGCUUUUAUUUAUUUUUAUUCUAUUGAGAAUGGGACACAUCUCAGAGACCAAGCAAAAUAUCACAGCAGCUUUUCAAAGGUGAUCAGAAGAAUUUCCCAGCAAAAAAAAAAACAACAAAAAACAUAUUUGUCAAAUGUCACUAAAAGGCCCCCAAAAAAAUCGAUGUUCUUCAGUUCCCUGAUGUUCUUAGUUUUAUUGUGGUACAUCACAAAAUAAACUAUUUAAUAUAUAGUACUAUAUUUAAGUUUGAUACUGCAUUACUAAUAAGUUCCCAAUUUGUUUUUGAUUUAUGUAUUUUUUUUUUAUUCGUGUGCUGUUGUUAGGCAUUAGCGAUCAACACUGUAGUUAUGUCAUAUUUGUAAAAAUAAGAGAUGUCAGAGUUCAUAUUUUGUAACUGUGUUCUUAUUUGCUUUUUUGCUGUUUAUCUGCAGAAAAAUAGCAAGAUGGUUUGUAGUGUUAAAGGUUUGGAAAAUUGAAACAAUGCUGAAAACGAUGCUGAAACAAUGAACCAGUGAGCAAAAGGGAUCAAUCCUCACCCGUACCUGCUGCAAACG